UUUAAUGAUUAUUUACAUCCAUACAUUACAUACAGUGUAUUUCAUCAGCUCUCGCUUUCUCUGGAUAGUGAUAUGAUCAGGAUUAAAGAUUCAAGAAGUCAAUCAGGAAUGACAUCCGUCAUCACCAUCAUCAUCUUCAUCACUCUCUGUCUGAUCUCAGGUCAGGUUCUGUGUUUUAAAGUGAUCGGCUGCUCUGGAGGGAGUGUGAUGUUCAACUGCAUGUAUAAGUCUGAUGAGCAACAUAACACAAAACCCCUGAACAAGAGAGAGUCUUCUGAUCAGUUUAAAGGAAAGUAUUUCUGCAGAGACAGAGACUGUAGGACAGGAAUCAGUAGUGAGACUCAGCAUCGCUGGGUUUAUAAUGAGAGAUUCGCUCUGUAUGACGAUGAAAACAGAGGAUUCUUCUCAGUGUUCAUCAGGAAGCUCAGCAGAGAGGAUGAUGGGAAAUACUCAUGUGGAAACAAUCAGGAAUGGAGUCGUGAUGUUGAUUUAGUGGUGAACAGAAACUCUUCUUCUUGUGGGACGUCUGUUAUCCGAUCUGCAUAUAAAGGUCAAACAAUCACUUUCAGCUGUGAAUAUGAUCAUGGGUUUGAAACACACACAAAAGUCUUGUACAGAGUGAAUGGAGAUCCUGUGUUUGUGCUGAAGAUCUCUCAAUCAUCACAAUCAUCUGAAGAGAAGUUCAUCCUGUCUGACAAUCAGAGAAAUCACUUUACUGUGACCAUCAGAGACAUUUCUGAAGAUGAUGAUGGAGUUUAUUUAUGUGGAGUGGAGAGAGACGGAGGAGAUAAACCACCUUCAGAAACAUCAAUUACUCACAUAACCUUCAUUAAAGAGAUUGAGCUGAAUGUCCAAAGUCAGAUAACUUCUGUCCAGGUUGAGGCCUACAUCAGUAAAUCAGUCUUCAUCAUGUGUGAAUUUCCAGAAGAAUUCAAAGAAAACAAGAAAUUCAUCCAAAUACAUUCAUUACAGGAGAUCUCUGAUGAACAGAAUCAGUGGAUCCAUCUUGAUAAAGUUCACAUGUAUGAUGAUACCAGUUCAGGAGUUUUGAAGGUUUUUAUCAGUGAUUUAACUGAAGCUGAUGAAAGAACGUACAGAUGUGGAGUGAAAACUGCUGACGGUCAUCUGUUCACUGAGAUCACACUGAAGAUCAAUCAAGGUGAUCAUUUCCGUGAAUCAAGUGAAUCAGCUGCUGUUAUUGGUGAAAGUGUGAAACUCAGCUGUAAUUCCCCUGAGAAACAGCAGUCCAUCAAACACAUCUGUAAAGAGAACGAGCAGAAGAUCUGUCAGAGCAUCAGUUCAUCAGAGAAGCAGCGCUUUGAGUUUUCUGACAGUACAGCAGGAGUUUUUACAGCGAGCAUCAGUAAUGUGAGCCUGAGAGAUGCUGGAGUUUACUGGUGUGGAGCAGAAACCAGACACAAGUGUCUGACUUCUGUUUCUCUCACCAAUAAACAUCAACUGACUUUAACCAUGCCUCCAGUGAUCGGACGUGAAGGAGAUUCAGUCCAGAUCAAAUGCCCUUAUGAUGAAAAAAACAAUGAAGAAGUGUGUCUGCGCAGUGGAAGGUGUUUGAGUAAAGAAGUAAAGUAUCUGUGUAAAGGAAAGUGUUUGAGUAAAGAUGCUCAAAUUAUCAUUCGGUCAGAUGAAGAUCAUGUUAAAAACCCAAAGAUUUCAGUAAAGGACGACACUGACCUCAAUCUCUUCACUGUGACGCUGACUGAGCUGAGAGCAGAGGAUGCUGGGAAAUACUGGUGUGCAGUAAAAGAUGUGUUUAAUCUUCCCAUUGAGCUCAUGAUCAUCAGGAAGGACGAAAUGACGACCUCUGACACCAAAAGGGUAACACCCCAGCCUGAAAUGACCUCAUCUGACACUGAAAAGGAAACCGUCCAGGAAACAGAAAAGCCUGAGAUGAAGACAUUUUACACCAAAAGAGAAACAUCCCAGGAAACAGUAAAGCCUGGUAAGUCUGCUUCUCAGUUUGACUUGGAAAUGCUAUUUAGAUAA